GGCGAGGCAGCCCGCGCGCUCUCAGCUUUAGUCUGGCCUCGCCCGUUGCUCUCGUCAGGCACGCGGCACUACUGCACCGUCGGCGCCCCCUGCGAGUGUCGGCAUCAGUAGUACUUCAGGAAAGGGACGCAGGUAAUGUCUCAGUAACUCCUCACAAUAUCCUGGCGCAUGCUCGGCCUUGAGGUCAUGCGAUGUAGGAAGAGCAGAACUCGAAAGUGAGUGUCGGGGAGCGGUCGCUCUCAUGGUGAAGUUACGGACGCGACGUGCCGUGCGGGAGCAGUAAGACGGUGUGGUGUGUGUGGUUGGCGUGGCGGGCAGGUGGGCACGCACGGCACUCUGUGGUAUGGUGUAGCCGUUGGGCACGCAGUGAUGCACGUGCGCCACCAUUCUCAUUCUGCUGCUGCCGCCGCCGCUGCCGCUACAGGCGUUACCAGAGUUGUGUGGGUGUGCGGGCGUCACGCUGGAGGGACAGGAAGGCCCAGCGGAGGCCGAGGUCAUGUACCAGGGGCCGCGCCUGCCGGACAUCGCCGAGGCUGAGGAAGAGCCGGCCGAGGACUCCCUGUCGUCGGCUUCCACGGCGUCCUUCUGGAGCCACGAGCGCGAGCUCUACGACCCCUGGUGGCGCUCCACGCCGCCCACCGCCGCGGCUAUCCGCGCCUCCUCCUCUACGCCACCGCUCUAUCGCGGCCUCAUACGCACAGCGCCGCCCACCUCGCCGGUCCGCACACGCCCACGUCGCUCAACCAAACCUUCCACUCGUGGGCGUAGCACGACGCCCCCGGCGCACUCUACAACGCCGCCCCGGAGACGGACUUCCAGAUAUGUCCAUUAUUCUGCCUUGCCAAGAGACGCACGGCCCUCGGUUGCACGAAUAGCAGGGCGUUCCUGGCGUUCUCGUGGCCGCCGGCAACGGCGUGAGAGCGCGGAGGACGUUUUCGAGCCGCGUCCGCAGGAAGCUGUAGCCUGUGGAGCGAGCAGCUGUCGAGCCAGUGCGCCGCAGGUGGAGCGGGAUAAGGUAUUGACAGUGGAAAAGAGUGAUCGUCCGCGUGCAGGUGGCCCUUGCCAGGGGUCACUUGAACAAAAGGUCUAUUCUGGACUCACAAACAUGUUGACUCGGUGUUAA